AUGCCACCCAAGAGUGCAAGCGCAAGUGGAACAACUCGCAAAGGUCCACAGUUUAAGCCUCCACGACCAGUGAAAGCACCAGCGAAAGCCUCAGCAGCUGCAUCGCGUGCAGCCGGCGCGUCGAAGAGGCCCAAUGCCCCCACUGCCAGGUCUGACUUCCAGACAGAGACGACAAUCAUAUCCUCUGACGAAGAGGACGCGCAAGAAGACGAUUUCGAUGCGCUCAGUGACGACCUGAUGGAAGAUGUACCUGCGCCAAAACCCACCAGAGCUGUUGAGCCCGUGACAACAGCACACCCAAUACCAGCGCCACUACUUGCACGACUACUACACGAAAACUUUGAAGACACCAACACACAAAUACAAAAGGGAGCAAUGACAUUGACGGGUCGGUACAUGGAGAUUUUCGUUCGGGAAGCGCUUGCUCGAGCCAAACAUGAGCGCGCAAGGUCGGCGAGGAACGAUGGCAUAUCAGACGGUUUUUUGCAGGUCGAAGAUCUAGAGAAGCUUGCGCCACAGCUAGUGUUGGACUUUUGA